AUGAAUGAAGGAAGAAGCAUUAUGAUUCUAAACCAUGUGACACAUCUAGGGAUUCUUUGCUUUUUUAUUAUAUACUCAUUUUCCAGGUCGUUCGCCCCCGAAAUACAGGAUGGUAGAGAUGAUGGCAUAGUAGAAACUGAUGAACAACGGGGACUAGACACCGAACGCAACGAAGCCGUUAGCACAUAUAAAACAUCUGAUGGUGACUCUGAUCAGUACAUCUCUGGAGCAUCUAAGACAGUGAGCCCAUUUCGUGAGCCUCAGCCGUGGUGCAUGUUGCCGUCAGGCUUUUGGAAUAUAUGGGAGGACGAGGAUAACAAAGAUGCGGCUUAUGUCACUAACUGCGCCACAGUAUACAGUGUUAUACGUGCCAUUCGUGGGGGAUUGAUUUCUACUGAAGAAGAAGACGAGUAUAAUCCUGAUUGCCUUUUAAUCACGUACAAGGACAUCACUGAGGCCAAGCACCGUCUUUUGGGUUUAAUAUCGUCUUUUAUAGCCUCGUGUAAUGCUUGCUCGCACCAUGUAGUAGGUGGUCUUAGCAAAUUGGGUGCAGCGGCGUGCCCCUAUACUAAAGUGAAGUCUGCUGUGGAUGAAUUUGUUAACCAUUGUGGUUGUAUGAAGCACUAUUCGCUCUGCUGGGAAUGCAGCGUAUGUGUUUACAAGAGAGAGGUCGUUAAGGAAAAAACAUGUAAAACUUCCCCAACGCCAUCACCACCCGCUACUACACAUGAUUCCGUUGCCGAUAGGCGUGGCAGUGCUGCUCCAAUGCAACAGGAAUCCCGAUCGUCGCUUCAGGGCAGUGGGGGGUCAAAAGGUGUAGAUGCGCGUUCCGAAGUGGAGUCAUUGGCAUUAAAGGCGGUUAAUUGUUAUAUGAGCAGGCAACUUUCCACCUGUGUCGAUGAAGCACAUUCACUCGCCUAUAACAUACGACAGUGCCCAGAUUUAUCUGAUGAUCUUGAUGAUACUUCAUUAGUUAAAUCUGCCGAAGUUCUCGAGCGAUUUUUGCAACAACUAUUCGUUUUGCUCACCUACUUGCGUCUUGUCAAUGAGUGGAUUGUGUUGUGUCAAUCUUUGGAAACAAUUCUUGGGGGAUGUGCUGGACUAAUAAAAAAUGUAAUGAAGAAGUACGAAUGUUGCAAGAAGGGAACAUCCCCAAUGCGCUCCAAUGAGCAUGCAACGUGUGGCUGUGCGUGUCUCUUGCUUUUGGUACAAUGCGUUAAAGAAAUACACCAAUUGCAAUGUGAAUUGACGGAAAAGAUUAUAAAAGGCUCGUUCAAUUCUGAAUACGAUCGUAUGCCGUCCGUCGCACAUGUACGUGCGUUAAUGUUGUUGUUUUUUAGCUUCGAGCAGAUAUUGAGUUCAAGUUUAGCCACCGAUGUGGGCGAUUGUGAUUGUCGGCUUAUUAAAGAUGACAGCAAUGCUUGCCGUUGUCGGGUAUUAUGUAGGCGUCUGUGUUGUUUGCUGUCGGAAUGGCUUGCUGACGUGCAAUCAUCAAUGCAUCGGGGAGACAGUCUACUUCGUGAAACAAUUCAUGUCGUUUCUGAUGUUUUUUCUACUCCAAAAGUGGAUUUCAACGUCGAUACACCCGACUAUAUGACAGUGUUCCGUCGGUUUGUAUCCAUUGCUCGAUUUACAGCAGACUUUAGAUCUAAGAUGUACACGGCUAAUUAUUUGGACACAAAAGGUAACAUGGCAACGGAUAGCACGUUAGGCAACAUCACUCUUGCUGAUCUCAAAAUGUGCUGUAAAUGCGAUAAUAAAUGUAAUGAAGUUAGUAAUGACGAACCUAAUAGUAAGGCGUGUAAUUGCUUUAUAAGAGACUGCAAGGAGUGUAGAAAAGGCGACGCAUGUGCCAUGAGUAUAUUGGAGUCGCUGCCUUCACUUGCUUCGAAAUCUUUUGACGUGCCCAAUUGUUUAACUAAAGCAUGCUCAUCACUUUCGACGAUUCAGGAGAAAUUAGCAGAUGUAUGCAAAACAGUUUCUGAUGAACUAAAAUGUACGAACAGUAUUGCGUCAAAGGUUACAGAAUUUCUUAAUCAAGUCGUUACCCCAUCUGGAAAAUCAUCGUUGUCACCAAGUACGCAUAAAUGUGGAUUGUGUAAUAUUGAAUGUCAUCACAAAGGAUUAGCUCUGUUUCUUCUCUACGGUUGCAAUAUGGCAUCCAGUGAUAUGGCUUCAGAAACAUGCGCUGUUGAUUCAUGUGCAAUCCCGAGUCACGAAAACGGUGAAGGAAAUUGUAAAUCAUUAUCUUGUAUCGUAAAAAAGUUUUUCACCACCGUUUGUGGUACAACCGCUAGUAGUGAUAGUGCGUGCAAAUGUAAAGAUAAGGGAUCCGAAGGCUGCUGUUGCAUGUGGAAAGAGAGCUUAUGUAGCGUUUUGUGCCAAUGUUCAGUUGAAUUGCAGAAAUUACAGGAAACAUUGGGGAGUAGUGAGGGAGGUGCGGGUGGUAGCAAUGGAUUAAUUAGUGAACUGAGAAAACUUUGUGAUACUGUUGAUUGUGUAAAGUGUCAUCUGGCUGAUAUAGAUUCAUCUACUCAAGAAUUAAGGGGUGCUUAUGCGCGAUACCACGAUUACCUUUCUAGCCUGGCAGGCUAUAUUUGCAACACAUUUAGUGUUGAGGUGAAACACAUUUGUUCUUUGCAAAUGUUUUUAGACCAAAAUGGUGUUGCAUAUCAAUCUGCCAUAUCUUCAAUGUCGAAGAUAGUAGAAGCCACUUCUGAUCUGUCCAAUCAACACGAAAGUGGAAUAUUCAAAUUGGAUGACGGAGUUAAUACCCUCACUUCAAAUCUAAAUGAGGCAUGUGACAGGCUUCAGUCGCUGCAAAGUGAGGUUGGGAUAUCUUUGAAGGGGCUCGAUGCGGAGAAACGCAAUUUUACUAUUACGCCAACUCCUACACAGCAGUUUGGUUUUAAGCGUCGUCGAAUGACACAACAGAAGGCAAGUACAUCAUUGAAGGAUUAUGUAAGAUAUUUUGAUGCUGCUUGGUUCUUGUGUUUAGCACUUUGUUUCGUCUACGGUCGUUACUAUGUUUCUAGUAAAAACUGGUUGUAUGUCAUAAGCCGUAAUUAUGUUCUGUUGUUCACAAUAAAAGGAGUUGUAAUGUUUAUUUCAUACGCAUUGCUACUAACUACAUGUCGCAGCUACCAGGGAUACAUGAUUAACAUAUCGUUGUUGACGGGAUUAUUGAUGGCGAUAUUCAUGUCUUUUGUUAGUCAGUGGUGGAAUUAUACGCUCUUCGUGAAGCAACAUGCGAAACCCAUUGACCGAUGGUUUCGCGUUAUGUACCCUGCAUCUGCGUAUGGGACGGAUGUGUCGGUAUUCACAUGGGAUCAGGGCUUGUCAAACAUGUUAAAAGCGGACAUGAAUUACAUGAAAAAUAUUUUUACGAUAAGUGGCUCAGUUAUAUACAAUCAUGAUCCGUUUGCAACCUUGUUCGAUGACUACUUUAGUUUUUCAAACAAGCCAAUCAGCUUCCUCGGUUUAUGUGACUGGACUUCCUUCGAAAACCAGCUCCGUAACACUGUUAUCGAUGAAGCCGAUGAGGACACGUUCGAUGGGAUACUCGAUUACAUUGCGUUCAAAAAGGCCUCCAUUAUAGAUCUUGACUUUCUCUUCAGCGGUCCUGUAUCGAACAUCGACAAGGUACCCCUAGACCUUUUGUGGUCGGCCUGGAAUAUGAAAGAGGUUCUCACGUUGGAACGUUGUGUGGCUUAUUCCAUCCUGGAAAUUGUAUAUAGAGAUGUUUAUGGCGAACUACUUUUGUGGGUAGCCAGUGUUGUACCUGAAGAAGGUAACCAUAUGAUUUUGGAUACCUUCGAUGUGAAAGAGCGGCAUACACUAGCGCAUGAAGCCCUCUGUGUGCCUAAUUUGGCAGGCGUAUACGUGAAAGAGAUACAGAUAAAUGCAAUGUACGAUUUGUUCAGAAGCGCAUUCCUGCGAAAGUGGUCCGACCACCGGGCUGAAAAUGCACACAUGAUAGUUUUCCCUGGAACGGAUGACCCAACAUCAGGUAUACCCGUCGUUGGAAGUAGUCUGCUCUUUGAGCCUCACUUGCUAUCGUCAGCGAUUGAAUCAUGGCGAGAAUCGCGUGAGGAGGUGUGUGAUAAACUGUAUGGUGGCAACUCAGCGUGCAAAAACAUGGUUACCUCUACCACCGAUCUGAUUAAGAAUUACCUCUCAGAGUCGGCGGUCGGCAACAAAGCGCUCUUAUACACACACCUUUUGAAAUAUGUGGAAACAUCGAGAUGCUCACACCCAUUCACAGGUAGGGGGAAUGCGAUUCAGUCGGCGGAUACCGAUUCCUCUACUGAUGUUACGUUAGAACAUGCUGCUGAUCAUCAUGACCACAAAGAUGCAACAUCACAAUCUAUGUUGUUGCUUCCAGAUGUUGUUGCUUCCACGAAUGACGAAAGCCUGGAGGUGGAUAACCAGGGCCGUUACUUCCUGGGAUACUGGCUCAAGCACGCUGGAGUUGCAAUAACCACUGAUGAUGUCAAGCGAAUAUUGGCUAACAUAUCGGCUGAGACAAACGCAAAAUAG